UGAACCGCGACCGGAGCAGCACGCGGCUCGCGUAUUCUCUGUCCUUCGUUCGUCCGUUCGUGCGUCGUUUAUAGCGAGGUUCGAUCGAUCAUCGAGUUUUCGCGAGGCACGCGAUCAACCGUCCCCACCACUGCCGUCACUUCCGCUGCCGCUACCGGCGUACCUCUCGUCCCGUUCCUCGCGGCGUGGGCUGCGGUGACACUUCCGUGACGCGCGAUGGACGUUUCCGCUCGUCCUUGCGAGGCGAGCCCCCCUCGUCGCAAGGCGCGCGUCCGGUGAUCAGUGAUACGAACCCGUGCUACGUCCAAUUAGACGACACACGCUCUGCUCCCCGUUCGAUCCGCGACCCGUGCGGUUCGUCCAGUGAUCAGUGUCGAAGGAACUGAUACUCUCUUGACCGUCGUCACCCUCCGAGGACACCGGCCGUGGCAUGAUCCGCGUGGACUGCACGGACAGUACCGGUCGCCGGUGAACGCGCUGUGUUUCGCGACGUCCAGUGUCGUUUGGAGAUGCUUCGUUGAUCUCUCGGUACAGAGAACGUGCUCCAAGAUAAGGGGAUAUUCGGGUUUGGGGACGAACGCUGGCGACCGAGACCGCCUGGAAUCGCUCGGUGCUUUCGAUCGAUGGAUCGAGACCCGGUUGUCGCCGUUCUCGCAUCAGAUUCAACGCCUUCGCUGCUCCAAUUCUAAUACGUCGCAUUUACUUCGCAGCACGACUUGGCGAAACGGUCGCCUCGAUGUUAUCGUCCGGCGAAUGUUAACUAGUUUACGCGGAUAGUCGAUAACGGAGCCAAGACCUCGAAUAAGCGAUCGAAAGGCGGCGUUAACGAGCCCGUCGCCAUCGACCCACGAAGCGAUUCCAAACUCGCGGCCGCCAGUUCGGACGUCGCAUCGUCGGGACAAGUUCGAAGGGAAAGUGGUACAAGGUCGGCGAUUAGCGAAUCAAAGGUGGUUUAAAUAUUGGCAAUCGCGAGGCACGUAUCGAGCAAACUGCUCCAUAUCGCCGACGCGGAAGGCCACUCGGCUCGAAGUGGCGCGCUUUCGUCCGGCCGAUUCGCCUCGCGCCGUUUGAUCGGCCCGGAGGAACGCGCGGGGGCGUCGGGGAGGGAUCGAUCGUCGCCGAGAUUUCCCUGGUUAUUACCGGCGGAGAAGCCGGCGAGUACGUUGCCGGCGCUUCUAGUUCCGAGGAUCGACGGUUCCAACGGUUUUUAAUUGGAAAUUGCGGUCCCGGCGCCGGCUCGAGCCGCAUAAUUGCGGAGUUUCGGUAACACGUAGUUAAUGAAGUUACGAUAACGACGCGGGGAACGUCGCGCUCGAGGCGCGAACUCGAAGAGCCGAACACGCGACCGCCGGCGCAAUAACGAGGGAAUCGAUGCGAGCGAUGCGCUCCGAUUCGAGCGGGAAACGGACCACCCUCGUGGCUGGCCCGAGUGCUUUUCGCUGUAAUUUAUUCGUUUAUCCGCGGGCCACGCCGCCUCCCCGCGCGGCGACCGACGAUUUUACGAAUUGUUUAGAACCGUUUACCAGGCCGAGCCGCGCGUACACGCCGGUCUAUCGGUCAAUUUAUCGGGGAAACGUAUAUUCGACUAGAUAGUGGGAGGAGGAAGGUCGAACACUGGUAUCUCUGUAUCACUAUUUAUAUGACUGACGCAAGUCGGCGCAUCCCGACGCCUAGCUUUCACUCGGGUCACCCACACGCCGCGAUCGUCCCCGCUGCGACGGAUCUACGCGCGCGGAGAUUCACGGCUCGCGGGCCCACCGAUACAGCUCUAGAGUCUAUGCGUUAGAGCGGUUUUGAAAGAACGACGGAGACGUGGGCGACGGGUCUCUCGGUCGAUUUCCCCGUAAAAGGCGUUCGUCGAAUGGGCCUUCUCCAGCGAUCGCGGGAGCCCUCCGCGCGCGCGUCUGCCAGCCGAAUCGCCGCGGCGCGUUCGCUCGUCGGAUGGUUCGGCGCCGCUAAGACAAUUAGCGCGGCCUCCCCCCACGGCCAACGAUACUAAUUAGCAGGUAAACGGCUCACGGCCGAGCGAGAAAAAUCAAGGGAUCUUUUCGCAGCCGGUAAUUAAUCGGUACCCGGCUCAAGUUCGCAGCCAAUUAGCAGAGUAGGUGCGCUCGUUCGAGCGUGUGCCGUGCUGAGCCGACGAUUCUUUCGAGGACCCAGCCAGGUGAGCGCACACACGGGACUCCCUCUCGAGCGUUUCCUCCUUCUAUCGUUUUUUCCCGAUUGUCGAACGAUAAUGCGCGUUUGAACCGGCCGUAAACGGUGCGCUCUCUCGAGCGACCCGUAGAAACGCGCGCGCGAGGGUAAUACGUUGUUCGCCCGCCUGUGGUACAUUGUACUUGUUAUUUUUUCCCCCGGUCGCAGACUCGGUCGCCGAGCAUUCUACUCGACGUUAAUUUUUCUCUCGCGAUCGUUCCCGAGCGACUCGGAGGCCUCGACGAUCGGCGAGCGCCGUAACGGUGACCGUAUUAGCGGCGGCACACGCGUCCCACGUGAAGAAUUAAGACGGACGACUGUCGGUUAAUCGUCGAAUGACAUCACACGGUUGCUCCUGAAAAUUGCAUCGCAGUAUCCGGCGCUCGGUUGCGCAACCAGUCCAUCGUCGGCCGAUUCGCUGGUACACACGUUCGCGCAUAGGUUCGUGCGUUCAUCCUCCAUUUCCUGUUCGAGUUCCCGCGGCUUCCAAUCUCUCGAUUUAACCGAGCCGCGAAUACCGAGGUACAACGACGCGACGGGGGAGCAAAAAGGCUUGCAUUGUCGAUCGUAUUCGGCCCCCGGUAUCAGUUUCCAUUCGGCGACGGUCGGGACACCGGGUCGGCGUCCACCCCCGGCCCUUUUUCAAUUAAGCUUUGAUCACAGGAUCGAGAUAAAACGCGGCCGGCCUAGCCUCGUGUCGAGAGCUCAAACGAACAUCAGUCGAUAGGGAGACGAACAGCGCGAGAGAGAGAGAGGGCGAGGCCGUGGAAGAGCGGCGACGAGCGUUCGGCCAGCCAGUGCACACGAGGUUUUCACCGUCGAAGCGCGCGCGUUAAAUGGACAAAAAGGAACGUCGGUUUAGCGAAAUCACCUUUCGCCCCCGCCCGACUCUUCCGACUAUCGCUCGCGAGCCUUUCAGCGUGUAUCCGUUUAUUACGAGACUCCCGUGCGUCCCGGCGCCGCGCCGAGUUGAAUCGACUGUCGGCACCUAUCCGACGAUUGUCUCCGAUUAAUGGACUGAAAAAACGACCGGGAACCGUUUCCCGACGCACCUGCACGUCCCCGCCACCCGCGCGAUACAGCUCGAACGGCCGGCCAAUCGAUUUCAUUCGCUCGCAGCCGGUUAACGUUCCGAAGGCAAACAUCGCCGCGUCGCGUGAUUCGCGGGUCGGUCGUAGGAUUCUCGUCGCGUCGAAGAUCCCGGAGCGCGGGAAGCUGCUUCGCCUCGGUUUAGAACCGAUCGAUCGUCGAACGGUGCCCGACGAAUCCUGUUUAUUAAAAUCAUUCGCCCCGGCGCGGCUCUUCCCCGUAUCCGUGAAAUCGAAUCGAUUCGCUCGCCGGCGAAACACCACGCCGAUGCCCUCUCGUGGGAAAUUAACCGAGAAAAAGUCGGUUCGGUUCGAGUUCCCGCGGUAAUUAACGAAACAACCGGGUCGCGGGUGUAUCGGGGACCGAGUCGACUACUCGAGGAAAUUAAUAAGACGUCGCUCGCCGUUACCAUCGAAUUUUACGAACGAGUUCCGCGAAGGAACUCUCCGUUCCCCUAUUCCUCUCAGUGUUGGUCGUCAUAGGAAUUCCGAGGCUACUCGCGUAACUGUCCUCGAUAGAUGGACAACUGUCUCUUAACCGCGGCCAGCCGACGAUCCCGCGAAAGUCUUUCUCGUUCGAUCCUUCCUCCGCAAUCCUGGUCGGUUCGGAGAGAAAAACGGCAGAGGUAACUCGAUCCAUUACCACCCGAGUCCGUCGCGCUAACGAAUUCGUCGAGGGCGGGCAGUCGGAGAAACGGCGAUCGAAGGAAAACACAUUAACACGCUGGGAAUCACGGGACAGUGAAACAGCCCGAGUAGUCUGAGGAGGUGCAGGCGGGUCGGUAAGAAAAUUCCGCGGCGCGUUUUUCAGUGGGCAGGCUCAAUUAGUCGGAAGCGAGCUCGCUCCGGGGAGUAAAGAACUCGAGGAGGAGGAGGACGAAGAAGCGAAAGGGAAAGAAGACGACGCAGCCGGUGCGCGUUUUCCGUCUCGAUCGGCCGUGACGGUCGUCGACUGUUGCUCCUCCUCGUCUUCGUGUUCUUUGAGGACGGGGGCAGGAAACGGGACGCUUCUUUCUCCUGGAAAUCGGUCGUUCGGCGCUUAAAAAUAUCCUCCGCCCGAAAAUAGUCGAGCGCGACCGACCGCCGCCGCCGCCGCCGCGAACACCCUCGACGCCGCGUUUCGUCGUCGUCGUCGUCGUCGUCGUCGUCUUCGUCAUCGUCUCCUCCUUCUUGUUCGUCGUCUUGGUCGCCAUCGUCGACGCGGCCCGGUUUUUCUCUGAUCGUUUUGCCCGCGUUUCCGCGCCGUCCUCCCCGCGGGACUCGCGUGUCCCGGAGCCACGACGAAAAGUUCGAAAGCACCGCCAAAAAGACGAGGGACUCCCGUCUCUCCGUCGCCCUUAGCCGAGAGGGACUCGCCGUCCGUAAUUUAUACGCCGGUUAAAAUAGGAGUCCGCCUCGAACCGGAGAUAUAUCCUGCUGACCCCGCGCCGCGACGCUAGCUUUGUCUCCAGCGUCUUCGAUCUCUCCUCGAGUCGUUUUUCGAUCCGCUCGAUCCCUCGGGGAGAGAUUCGACCGGUUCAACUUACAACCUAGGCCGUCGUUCCCCGUCACAAUGCCCGACUCGUCGCGUCGCAGCCGCGCGUCCAUGAAUUUUUCUACUGGGAGGGGCAGUUGAUUCGCUAAUCGUCGAAUCGGAGCUCGAGAUUGGAAAGUGGAAAUUUUCCCAAGAGCUCGCGCGAUGGUCAAGAGCUGAAUCUUCCCCGAAAGGAUAGCGCGAUCAGGAAACUACCACUUUGGCUUGACGGGAAAACAGUGACAAAUGGUUCAGCCCGUACGCACGGAGAACAACAACCCCGCCCUGGACAUGGAGUCGCUCGAGGAGAUGCUCCGCAAGCUGUCGGAGCUCGAGCAGCGGGUGCUGGAAGCGGAGGGCCGAGCCGACGAGGCGGAGGACAAGGUACGGAUGAUGGAGGAGCGGCUAGUGAAGGGUGAAUACUGCUUGAGCACAUCCGGCGUAGGUUCUCCACCGCAUUCGCUGCCGUCCACCUCCGGUACGCAGAAUGACAAGAUCGAGGAUGUCCAUUGUGCCUGUAUAUCGAAGCUAGAGACGCAGGUCGAGGAACAGAGGCAGCUCCGACUUCAAGACGCGAGGCAGGUCGAGGCGAAAGCCGCGAGGAUCAAGGAAUGGGUGACGAAUAAGCUGCGGGAGUUGGAGCAGCAGAACCAGCAUCUGCGGGAACAGAAUAACAAGUGCAACCAGCAGUUGGAGCUCCUGCGGAACCACAUAACGAACAUCGGCCUGAAACCACCUGCACCGACGAGGGCGUCGCUGUCCCUGGAGGUGGACCCCACGUUACGCAGACGAUCGGAGAGCCUGGAGGGCACGCCGCAGGCGGCACCGGAAACCGUGCAGACCGCCGUCGCGGAACCGCAAGCCGGCACCAAGCACAGAAGGCAUCUGUCCGCCUGCGGGACCAUACAGCGCGGGAUCCCGGCCACCAACAUGGACUCGAGCCUUCUGUCCGAGGAGCUCGCCGCCGCGGUCGAGAACCUGGUGAUGCUGCCGAACAUACCCGGCGUGUCGGAGACCAGCCGGGACAGCGGCAGUUCCGAGGCGGUGCACGACUACGCCGAGAUCUACACGCCCAGCAGAGAAGGGAUGAAUUGGUCUCAGAACGCGCAGGGUCCGAGGCCGCCGACUCCGCCGCUCCACCGGUUUCCCAGUUGGGAGGCGAAGAUAUACCAGGUAGCCGAUGGCGGGCUUGGCAUCGGUCCACCGACCAACGAGGAAUCCGCGCCUUCCACGAUGACCAACACGACCAGCUCGUCGAAACAUUCCCAGGCAACAGGACACAACUUGACCGCGCACAAUUCCCAAGGCUACUGCGAUAUUUCGGUUCCGGUGUACGCGACGGUCAAGGGACGAGCGAGUCAGAUCAGGUCGAUGCCUUUCGGCGACAGCUCCGACGACAGCUCGGACGGCGAGGACCACCCGAACCAGACCGAGACCAACACCAGGAUCACCAACAGCUCCUCGGACAACACGGACUCGUCGCUGGGCAGCGGGAGCAGUCCGUCGAAGAGCGUCAAGACCACCAGCAGCCUCAGCCCCGCCAAGAGAAGCUCCAGCGGUUCUCCCAGCAAAAGCGUGAAACGCGAUACCUCUCUGGAAUCCGGCUUGUCCGAGGACUACGCGAUACCUCCCGACGCCCUGAGCUCGACGUCCCUCGAGUCCAGCAUGCCCAGCCUGUUGAUGCGCGUUUCCGGUGAGAGCCCGAAGCGGCAGGAGUCCCUGGAGAAGACCGGCCACCUGGCGAAACUCGGCGGCAAGCUGAAAACCUGGCGGAAGCGGUGGUUCGUCUUGAAGAACGGGGUACUCACCUACUGGAAGAGUCAGAACGACGUGAACAGGAAACCUCAGGGGCAAAUCGUGUUGGACGAAGUCUGCAGGAUAAACAGGGCAGAGGGCGCCGCCACGUUCGAAAUCUCGACGGGUAAAAAGACUUACUACCUGACGGCGGACUGCAUCGCCACGAUGGAAGACUGGAUCAGGGUUCUGCAGAACGUGCAAAGGCGGAACGCGACGAAACUGCUGCUCAGCAAGGAGGACAAUAAGCCGACGAUACAGGGCUGGCUGACAAAGGUGAAGAACGGGCACGCGAAGAAGUGCUGGUGCGUCCUGAUCGGAAAAAUGUUCCUUUACUUUAAGUGCCCUAACGAUACGAAUCCUAUUGGUCAAAUAAACAUGAGGGACGCGAGGGUGGAAGAAGUGGAGCACGUGUCCGACAGCGACAGCGAGGAAAGGGACGCCGAGUGCUCUCACGAGAGGACCAUCGGCAUCUUUCCCACCCACCAAGGUCCUACCUACCUACUGAUGCCCCACAAACAAGACAAAGACAACUGGUUGUAUCAUUUGACGGUGGUUUCCGGAGGCGGGCCCAGCGCGGGGACCCAGUACGAGCAACUGGUGCAAAGACUGAUGGAAACCGACGGAGACCCGAGUUGCGUACUCUGGAGACAUCCGUUGUUGCUCCACACGAAAGAGAAUAUCACUAGUCCACUGACCAGCUUGACGUCAGAAGCCUUGCAGACCGAGGCUAUCAAGCUAUUCAAGGCAUGUCAAUUGUUCAUGUCGGUGGCAGUGGAGCAAGCAGGCAUAGACUACCAUGUGGUACUAGCGCAAAAUGCGUUGCAGCAAUGUUUAGACCAGCCUGAACUGCAAUCUGAAUUCAUCUGCGCACUGGUAAAGCAGACAAGUCGUCACACGCAACACCGUUUGGGCGUACAGGUAAAAAAGGCCGCCAGACUUGUGUCGCUGGGUACUGCGCGCGUUCUCCUUCUCUGCGCCACGCAAUCGCUGUUCACCUGCGAUACGCAAAGUCCCGCGGCAAAUGGCAGCGGUGAAAAUGCGGACGCGCAAUCGACGGCCUCCACUUCUCACAGUCCUCCGCUCACGCAGGGCCAUUCUACGUCUACGAUUCUGGACUGCAAAACUAACCCCGCCCAGUACGUUCUUAUCCAGGGAUGGCAGCUGCUCGCCCUCGCCGUCUCGCUCUUCCUACCCAGGAACAAUCGGCUACUCUGGUACCUGAAGUUACACUUGCAGAGAAACGCGGACACCAAGACGGAGUGCGGCAAGUACGCGGCUUACUGCGAGAGAGCUCUGGAGAGAACGCUGCAGAACGGCGGGAGGGAGGUGAAACCCUCCAGAAUGGAGGUCCUCUCGAUACUGAUGAAGAACCCCUAUCAUCACUCUCUGCCGCACGCGAUACCGGUCCAUUUUUUAAACGGCACCUACCAGGUGGUCAGCUUCGACGGCAGCACCACGAUCGAGGAGUUCCUGAACACUCUGAACCAGGAGAUCGGCUGUCGGGACGUCCAUCAGUCCGGUUUCACGUUGUUCAGCGACGACCCGAUUGAAAAGGACCUCGAGCACUUCAUCGAUCUCCAGGCGAAGCUGUGCGACAUCAUCUCCAAGUGGGAGACAGCGCUGAGGGAGAAGGGCUCCGGGAAGUUCGAGAACACGAGGGUGAUACAGCUGACGUACAAGUCGAGAUGCUACUGGCGUCAAGCGGCUAAAAUGGAGACCGACCGGGAGAGACUUCUCCUAUGCUACCAAGUGAACCAGCAGGUCGUGCAGGGCAAGUUUCCGGUGAACCGUGAGCUCGCUUUCGAGCUAGCCUCGUUGAUGGCUCAGAUCGAUUUCGGCGAGUAUAACAACGACAAGGCGCGAGGCAGCGGGCCCGGCAGCAAUCCGCAUCAUCUGGUUCUCCAGGCGCUGGACAAGUUCUACCCGGUUCGGUACCGGACGAACAUCACUGCCGACCAGUUGAGGGAACUGCAAGAGAGACUGCAAGAGAAAUGGAUCGGCUUAAAGGGUCGUAGCGUACUAGACUGUGUUCGUAUAUAUUUGACAUGCACCAGAAAGUGGCCUUUCUUUGGAGCUACACUUUACCAAGCGAAGUUGAAGCAAGCCGAACCGAUCACCGUGUGGAUAGCGGUUUCAGAGGACAGCGUGACGUUGUUGGAGCUGCAGACGAUGGCGGUCAUGUGUCGCUACAAUUAUGCGAACAUCGUUACGUUCGGCGGGUGUCUGGACGACUUCAUGCUCGUCGCCUGCCCCGACGAAGGCGCCGCGGAACAGAAACUGCUGUUCGCUCUUUCAAAGCCCAAGAUUUUGGAAAUAACGCUGUUAAUCGCCGACUACAUGAAUGCCUUGGGACACGCCCUACCGGGUACGCCGCAGAUGAACACGUUGACCCGCAACGGAUCCCACAGAUCGAUCAAAUCCACUCUCAGACCUACCACUGGUUCAAGCUGUCUUCCAACGCAACCGGAUAUCUUGAAGUCGACGCCAGAUCACCAAAGACCUUAAAAAGACUGGUCUCAAUCCGAUUCGGUAAGAGAAGCAAGUAAACGUGGCAGUUGGUUCGUGAAAGUCUGAUCCUGCCAAGGCACUAAACUUUAUACUCGAAGGGUACUACGCGUUCUGUAUCAUAAGAAUCUUCGCGAAGAAACGAUGCGAACACCGGAUCACGCGCAACAGCUUGCGCUGUAGUUAACUUUAGUUGCGUAUUCUUCUUCUUCUUCUUCUUCUUCUUCGUCUUCUUCUUCUUUUGUCUUUCGUUUUUUGUUCUCUUGUGUAAAUGAAAACCGAUGCUUACCAGAGAGAGAGAGACGUACGUAUAUACUUGUAAAUAUCCGACAGCAUGCGAGACACGGAUCCACGUGCACACACGUACACGCAUACAUAAAAAACACGGAUAUACUCGCACGCGCUCUGUGGUUCACGUUACACGACCGUCAAACGUGGGUGACUGAAAAUCAAUCGAAGAACGAUCCGCAAACACUGCCUAAAAGUAACAUUUAGAAUGUCUAAAGUUACAUCGAAUAGUUUCGUUUCGGGGAAGCUGAAGCGUCACGCUGAGUCUUUUUGCUACCGUAUUUAUAUACCAAAUUCGAAACGUGUUUAGCGUUAGAUGAAACUUACGUAAAAGGAAAGGAAAGAAGCGGUGUAUCUCUCACAUACUAUGUAUAUAAUUAAUCGGAGUUAACAUGGAUGUUUAGAAGUCUAGCGAGAACGGACGAUGCAGCCGGAUACCCUUUGUUUCACACGCAAGAAUACGCAUCGAAAGAGAAGAGUCUUGAAUUCUUGCCAAAUCGACUGCAACAUAUUGAACAAAAAAGAACGCACGCGAUCGUUGUUACUGAGAAGAUGAGUGUGCAAUGGUUUGUUUUUUCUUUAGUGACGAUUUCUUUCGAACGCAAGACGCACGGUAGACACGGGAAAACUGUACCUACCGUCGCUGUAGAUUCUACGUUUCGAUUAUGAAUUGUAUGAUACGCGAAUAGUUGUUUCGUUUCGUUACGAAGCCCCCCGCCCCCCGCCCCCUCCUCCGACACACACGAACACACCCUUACAUUUUACGUCUCCGAAUAUUGUGUAAUCUGAAUCGUUAGAACGAGAUCGGUAUUGGACAGUAAGUACAGACAGUAUUGAAACGUUAAAUCUCAUUGAAGCUCAAUCGAAUAUGGGUGAAAGCUCUGUUUUAAAUGGAAAACGACAAACGGAACAAGUUACGUAACGAUUAUAUUAUUUUGAUAACAACUAGUCUCUGAUAUUUUCUAUUUAUUUAACGUCUAAGCGAAUAAGUUCGUUUUAUAUAAGGACACGACCAAAUAGAUGUAAUGGGAACGCAAUUUUCUUUGACGAUUAGUAUCGUUCCUGCGUAAUUGUAUGUGCAACACAUCAACAAUUUUCUACUAAUCGACACGGUGUGAUCCCGUUAAUAACUAUAGAAGUUUUGUACGCGCUUGACGUGUCCUACGUAACUAGCAAAUGUCUUCCUUCUCUUUAGUAACCAGAAAUAAAUAAAGCAAAGUUGAAUGUAGGGCUUUCGUGCAAUAUUGUACAAGACUUCUAUAUAAUUUUUGUAAUUCCUGGGAUAGGCUGAGUAUGACUGUGCCUCUCUGAGCAGAAUAGACAAAGUAAAUUUUAUGCACGGCUUUGUUUAGCGCAUCGAAGAAUUUAUAUAAAAAGAGAAAAAGAAAAUGUGAAACGAUCGAACCUCAGAUUACUGGGAGCAGUACAAAGAUAUGCAAGAACGACAUUUUGUCUUUAAUUUUUAUAAUACGCAAUUAUAAGAAAGAAAAAAGAAUGCUACUAUUUCAGGUGCGUAGCACCUUUGUAUUAUGAUGCAGUAAAGUCACUGGUUCUGUAAAUAUCACGUUAGGUUUAAGUAUCGUAAUUAUAGUAGAGAUCGAGAGAGAAGGAAACGGGCAGCUGAUGAUAAAAGUUAACAAUCGUUAUAGAAAUUUCCUGCGAUCGUCUUGGGCUGUCUGCGGUUAUUCUACUGAGCCUACCACACCCCAUAUUUCUAUUUAUUAUUUAUUCGCAUAAAAUGACGCAUAAAAAGCGCGAGCGGUGUACGGCGAGAAAAGCAUUGUACUAUUGUACAGAACAAGAAAUAAACUGCUCGGA